AUGGAUACCACUGCCGCAGCCUCGACGCUGACCCGGCAACGCUUCAGCGUGGCUGUCCUGUCGCUUGCCGCAGCCGCGACGCUGGGCUACUUCUGCUACCGCAUCUACAGCCCGCCGCUUCCCGAGCCAUCUCCCGACCGUCGCCUCCACCGGAGCAACGCGGUCCGCCACCGCCGGCGCUCGCUUCCAGAUGUCACCCACACACAUGCCCACACACACGCCAACGAUCGCGGCCGUGACCGCGAACCUUCCGAGGCGUCCACCACGUCGGCCGAGACCCAGCCGGACGAGAACAUCGACGUCAACACGGUCCGCCCUUUGAACGACGCCGAGACUGUCGCCGAUGAGCACGUGCUCGACGACAACUGGUACGACGACGCCAACAAUCAGUUCGGCGGCCUGCAACAACGCGCAGGCCAGAAUAUUGUCAGUUUGCUCUUCCGUGUUUCCGAGGACAACGCCCGUCGCAACGCCUACGUCCACCGAGGAUGCCAGUGCAACAGCUGCGGCGUUACGCCCAUUCGCGGCAUCCGCUACCGCUGCGCCAAUUGCGUCGACUUCGACCUCUGCGAGGCGUGCGAGUCGCAGGGCUUCCACAUCAAGACGCACGUCUUCUACAAGAUCCGCGUCCCCAUCCCGCGACUGGGCGCCCGCCAGCUGCAGCCCACGUGGUACCCCGGCGACCCCGAUAACUGCCUGAGACCUCUCCCCAAGCACCUGAUGCCCAGGCUGUCUAAGGAGACCGGCUUCGAGCGCCCCGAGCUUGAGGCCCUCUGGGAGCAGUGGACCUUCAUGGCGAACACUGAGUGGCGAGAGGACCCGGAUGAGCUCGGCUUGGCGAUGGACCGGAAGACGUUCGAGCGCUAUCUGGUGCCAUCGGGCGGCUACAGGCACAUCGCUCCGAAUCUGCUGCACGAUCGCAUGUUUGCCUUUUACGAUGACAACAACGACGACCUCAUUGGCUUCUCCGAGUUUCUCCGCGGCACCGCCUAUCGCAAAAGGAAGGACAGACUCCGCAGGAUAUUCAACGGCUACGACAUCGACGGUGAUGGUUACGUCAGCCGCCGCGAUUUCUUGCGCUUAUUCCGAGCAUACUACGUCGUGUUCAAACAUCUCCACAAGGACAUCGUCGAUGGUCUCGAUGACCAGCUCAUGAGCUCCACCGAUGUCGAACAGCUGGUGACCAGUAGGCAACCGCUGAGCAGUCUAUUCGGCCGUGAGGGAGGCAUCGCCGAGGCCGACCUGGGCCGUCCGCUGGAGGGCAAAGUCGUCAAUCUCCACACGGGAGAGGUGCGCGUUACGGAUGGGGCGACGAGGGCGGUGAACGAGAGCGCGCCAGACACGGCCGACCGCCGGUCGGUUCUGACCAGCGUGUAUACGAGGCAGGCACACGGCGCCGAGAGCCUCUUCGGGCCUGUCACGGACAACCCACGGCCAGCCGGCGAGCGAGCAUCUGGGCUAGAGUACCUGAGCGGUCUGUUGAACCCACCGUCCCGGGUCAACGAGCUACCAGCAUUGCUCGUGGGUGAGCGGCGUGAUAACGGCGACUUCCUGUUUGUCCUUAAUGGCCGCGGUGGCCAAGAAGGAAGCGGCGAAGCACAAGAAACCCAGGCUAGAGGCGAAGACGCACCAACUUCUGGCGAUCACGGCACGUCUGCGUCCGGAGAGGACAGGGCCGAGGAUCGUCUCGGUGCAAACGGGUCCUCGGAUGGUGGAGUCGCCGACGAGCCGGACAUGCGUCGGCCCGCUUAUAGCGCCGUGUCCAGUCGUCGCAUCAAAGUGAAUGCGCGAAGGAAGCUGUUCGACCGUUGGAAGAGGAGGCAAUUCUACUUGGACGAGGAAGAAGGCGUGCUUCCUCCCGAGGACUGGAGCGACGAUGACGAUGUUCUCGCCAGUCUCAGUGGCCCGGCUGAUGAUACCAAAGCUUGUCAGCCGCCAUUAUCUUCUCGAUCACGAUCGUCCUCCAAGGUUAGAUUUGCCGAAGACGCCGAUGACUUCGACGUCCGGUCAAACCCUUCGACCUCAUCGAGGAGCAUUCCGGAGAGGUGGGGAGGCAUGGAGAUUCCUGAUGCGGAGCGGGACGUCGGCAAGGAGAUUUUCUACCAAGUCAUCCAGCAGGCCUUCAACGAGAUGCUAGACACGAUCUUCAAGGAGAAGGAAGACCUUGCCGUCCAGGCUGCCGAGACAAAGGAACUGCGCGACAAGUACCGGCACGCCUUUGAGUCCAUCAAUCCCGACGAGGAGAACGAGCCCCAGGCAAACCUUGACUCUGCGUCCGGAAGAUCCAAAUCUCCCCGCGACCAGUCAUUGCAGGAACUGCCGGACGCCAGUGGCUAUUCGGUCGACCCUGCAGCCGCCCAGCCUGAGGGUCACCCUCGAGAAGAAGUCGAGGAUGAUGAGGACGACGGCGAAACCAGCGCCGAAGAAGACGAUGAUUCCUUGCCCCCGCUGAUAGCAGAAGACGAGCGAUCCGGAUCCGCCGAGUUUGAAGUGUACCGCGACCCGACCAUGCCUCAGUUCCGACCGAACUCCAUCCCAACAGUCCGCGAGCGGGAACCCAAGCAGAGAGAGCCUCCAUCCUCGUCUUCAGUUCCGUCGAUUGAGGGAGUCACGCCGCCAGAAACACGUGUGCCACCCUCUGCGCCCGGAAAGCCGACGAGCAUGUCGGCCGGCACCGGAACCGGAGCGCGCGGCAGCGCCUCGCCCGUUCCGAUCCCGCGUAGCACGCUGAUCCAAUGGAGACGUCUCGAUCUUGCCGAGGAGGAGGCAAAGACCCGCGGCGGGUGGGGCAGGCUGAACUACGACGAGUUUGAGCGUGCCUACAAGGCGGCAGACGCAAGGGGAACCCGCAUGGACUAUCUAGGCACCUGGGUGGACUUUUGCAUCCCAUGUGUCUAGCGGGUUCCCGAUGACAAUGGCCUCUUGAGCGAGUGGUGUGAUGAUGGUCUGGAUCGAGCAGUGUUUGAGCGCUGAUCCCACGGCGCUCGGGUGUUUAAGGGAGACAGACUGCAGAGCGGCCGGUCCAAAUGUCUCUUGGUGUCACGGUCGGUGUAAUAGAACAUACUUAGCAGUGCAUAGCAAGGAGGAAAAGAAAAGCCACGAUCCGUG